AUGUCAACUCCACCACAACCACAAACAGGAUAUUCCAGAGUUUCCAGCCCAACUCCCACCGCAGCAGAAGCCCAAGGAGACAUCUACCUAUCAAGAACCCGAUUCCGCCAUCUCAGCGCUCUGAACGCCCAACCCGAGAUCCCAGACCUUUUACAACAAUGGACGAGCCAAUCAGUCCAACCACCUUCUAAGGCUGCGGAGCCAUCGCAGCAGCAAUCAAAAAUGGCCACAAAUACCUCCUCACCCAACUCUCAGCCCGCGGUCCGCACCGGCGACCUUGAAAUCCUCGAGCUACUCCUCACUCACGGCUGGGAUCCCACCGUCACCGCGACGGGGAAAUCCAGACUUGAUCAAGUCCUCAGCAACCCGUCCAUCCUCCGCUGGUUCCUCGCCCACGGCGCCGAUCCUAACGCGUGGUGUCCUUACGCCGUGACAUCCGUCACCGAAGCCGCGCGCUCGGCUCCGCUCGACACGCUCCGCAUCCUCGUGGAUCACGGCGGGAUUGUCGUUGCUACGGAUGCGGUUGCGCAGGCUGUCGUUGGUGAUGUGCUGCGUUUCCCGGGGAGACUUGAGGUGGUGAGGUAUCUUCUUGAGCGAGGCGCGCCGGUGGAUGCGUAUCGGUUUGAGGGGGUGGGUAGCGAGGCGGUAGGGCUGAUGGGGGUUUGGGGGAUGGAGACGGGGUUGCAAAUUGCGGUUAGAGGGGGGAGGGGGGAGAUGGUGAGGUUGCUGGUGGGGUAUGGUGCGGAUGGGAUGAAGAGGGGUGGGUUUGGGACGAGGGGGGAGACGGCGGGGGAGAUUGCUGAGGGGGUGGGGUUGCGUGAGAUAGGGAUGCUUCUUAAAAGGCCAUGA